CUGACGUCAAAUGCUGGCAUAGCUACCUGACAUGCAAUUAAUCAGACUUUAAAACUAUUUACACAAGAGAUAUAAUGCAGAUCUAUAUUGUAUACAGGGCUGACAAACCACACAGGACUAAAAUGAAGGUCGAAACAACAGGGAAGCCAUGUUGGAUUUUCAGUGAACUUCUGGUGUGACCCCGACAACAGAAAUGCAUCCUCGUCGCAGUGCCCAGGACGUUCUACUGUGUGACCUCUGUGAAACUAUCCCCCUACAGAGUCACUGUGAACUUUGUCAGAUAAAUCUUUGCGUUAACUGUGUAGGAAAACAUCUCUCAGAUUCCUCUCAAAAACACAAUGUUGUGCCAUUUUUACACAAAAGUACUACCCCUAUCUACCCAAAAUGCCCAAAACAUGCCGCAAAACAUUGUGAAAUUUACUGCGAGAAUUGUGACAUUCCUGUCUGUAUUACCUGCGUCACCUCAGAUGAACACAGAGGUCACAAAAUAUCAGAUGUUCUCGAGAAACUCAAAUCUAAAAAAGACGAUUUAAAAAACGAUUUGGAAGAACUAAAGUCAAGAAUUUUUCCCCGUUAUGAAGAAAUGUCAUCUGAUGUUGAAACUGAGAAAGCCGAGUUAGAAACGAAUUAUGGGAAACUGUCAACAGCCGCCGAUCAACAAGGAGAAAUCUUACACCGGGAAAUUACCGCCAUUGUCAACAAGCGGAAAUCCGACAUUGCCGAGAUGAAAAACAAACACCUGGCCGCUCUCAACAAAAAUAAAGAUGAAAUUACAAACAAAAUUACAGAACUUAGACAGAUCAUUCAGGACCUGAAGAAAAUACUGGGCUCCAAUGACGUCUCCUUAACAUUUACUUUCAAAUCCAGAAAUUCCGAAUUUAGAUCACUGCCCCCAAAAGUCCGAGUUUCAUUACCGAGUUUCUCUCCUCCGAAAAUGAACAAAGGUCAGCUCAAUGAAAUGUUCGGUUCUCUGUCAUCAUUAUCCCUUACAAAAGAACAUGGCGACACAAUGAAGUCACCAGAAGCUGUAUCAUCUGCUCAGUCAGUCAGACCAUUACUUGAUGAACCGCGAUUCUCCGCCUCCAUAGAUACUGGGCAUACCGGACUACGCAAUGUUAGCUGUCUCAGUGAAGACGAGGUAUGGACACGUGGAAAUAACGAAAUCAUAAAGCUCCUCAACCUUCAAGGAAAACUACUGACAUCGAUACGAACAAAGUCAGGGAACACACCGCGGGACAUAUCAGUGACACGGGACGGAGAUCUUGUUUAUACUGACUAUGAAAAUAAAACUGUAAACAUAGUGAAGAAUCAACAGAUACGGACAGUGAUCACACUACAGGGAUGGAGACCUCUUAAUGUCUGCAGUACCUCUUUCGAUGAUCUCCUGGUUACCAUGAUCAGUGAUGAUGAAACACAAUCCAAAGUUGUGCGUUACUCUGGCUCCACUGAGAAACAAAGCAUUCAGUUUGAUGAUCGGGGUCGUCCUUUCUAUUCAUCUGCUCGGUACAUUAGUGAGAACAAGAACCUGGAUAUCUGCGUGUCUGACUAUAAAGCCAAAUCAAUAGUGGUGGUCAAUCAGUCAGGAAAACUCCGAUUUAGAUACACUGGUCAUCCCUCUAAUACCAAGGAAUCAUUCAAUCCAGUCGGCAUCACUACAGACAGCCAGAGUCACAUCCUGACAGCAGACUAUUACAAUGACCGUAUCCACAUCCUAGAUCAGGACGGACAGUUCCUCCGUUACAUUCAAAACUAUGAUUUAUGGCGUCCUUGUGGUUUAUGUGUAGACAUCAGAAACAAUCUCUUUGUGGCUAAUGUAGAUAAUAAAGUGAAGAAAAUUCAAUAUCUAUAAACACCGUGUUAACCACCCAUCUCAACAUGACGUUAAUUACAAAUCUAGAAAGAACGCUAUUUACAAUGCUGUGUUAAUUACGACUGUGUUAAUUACGGCUGUGUUAAUUACGGCUGUGUUAAUUACAGCUGUGUUAAUUACGGCUGUGUUAAUUACAGCUGUGUUAAUUACGGCUGUGUUAAUUACGGCUGUGUUAAUUACAGUUGUGUUAAUUACGGCUGUGUUAAUUACGGCUGUGUUAAUUACAGUUGUGUUAAUUACGGCUGUGUUAAUUACAGCUGUGUUAAUUACGGCUGUGUUAAUUACGGCUGUGUUAAUUACGGCUGUGUUAAUUACAGCUGUGUUAAUUACGGCUGUGUUAAUUACGGCUGUGUUAAUUACGGCUGUGUUAAUUACAGUUGUGUUAAUUACGGCUGUGUUAAUUACGACUGUGUUAAUUACGGCUGUGUUAAUUACAGCUGUGUUAAUUACGGCUGUGUUAAUUACAGCUGUGUUAAUUACGGCUGUGUUAAUUACAGCUGUGUUAAUUACGACUGUGUUAAUUACGGCUGUGUUACUACAGCUCUGUGUUUAUUACUAUUCUAAAUGUGUAUAAUUAGCGUGUACUUGCUUUUGUAAGUUUAACUGAUGGAACUUCAGUGUCUUACUGCUGUUUUGUAAUUCUAUCUUACAAUGCCUGUGUAAUUAUGUUUAGUGACACAUUAUUAAACUUGGUACAGUAA